GUUUUCUUUUCAAUAUUCAGGUUUAAGAAAAUGUCUUCGAGUACCGAAGAACGAAGAGAAAAUGGUUCUGCUGCUUCCGGUGGAGAUCAGAAUUCAGGAGGUAAUCAAGAAGGGAAUUUCGAGUGCAAUAUUUGUCUAGAUACAGCAAAGGAUGCAGUCGUUAGCCUAUGCGGACACCUCUUCUGUUGGCCGUGUUUACAUCAGUGGCUGGAAACUAGGCCCACUAGACAGGUUUGUCCAGUAUGCAAGGCUGCUAUAAAUAAAGAAAAAGUUAUACCUUUGUAUGGAAGGGGAGGUGCUAAACAAGAUCCAAGAGAUAAACUUCCGCCGAGACCUCCUGGACAGAGGACAGAGCCAGAAAAUAAUGCCGGACAAUCAUUUCCCGGAUUUGGAUUCGGAGACGGAGGAUUCCACAUGUCAUUCGGAAUUGGUGCCUUUCCAUUUGGAUUUUUUGCUUCUACUUUCAACUUCGGCGACGGAAGACCUGCUCCCACCCCUGGCAGUCCUGAAUAUUCUGAAGAACAGUUUCUAAGCAAAGUAUUUCUCUGGGUAGCUAUACUUUUUCUUUUCUGGCUCCUAAUAGCCUGAGAGACUGGACUCUGGAAGGUGUAGAUACAAAAGAGUAGCAUUGUCGGCCGUUGUAUCGUGCAAUUAUGGUAUUGUAAUAUAUUACGAACUCUCGUCAAAAUUUUCGUACACACAUUUAAUUUUGAAUUUUUUUAGAUCUCUGUUAUUAAUAAUAAAGUUUUAUCAAAUCAAAAUCUAAAUUCUAUUUUUAAAUGUAACCGCUUGUUUUUUUUUAUCGAGGAAUGUAAGAGGCUCCAUAUCUUCCAUUGAUAUUAUAGUGGAGUGCGAGAGGAGUUUCGGAGAAAUUUAAUAUAUUUGUGGAACCCAUUUUGUCUGGAGGUUAGUUUUUUUUAAUAAUUGCGUUUGAAUAAUUAUUGAGAAACCUUGCCGAUUAAUGGUAUGUUUUAUGUUAAUUGUACAGAAAUGUAGUUAAUUAUAAUUAAGCUAUAUUGUUAAAGAAUGCUUGAAAAAAAUCAAAUUUUCCCAUUUAAACUUCCAAGGUAUUUUGAAUUUUGCUCCAAAAUUGACAGAAAUCGUUGGAAUCGCAUGUAAUUUCUGAUGUAAAAAAAAAGGACUUUCCUAAAGAGUUUCUUCAAGCAUUUCUGCUUGCAAAAGAGCUUUCAAAGACUCUGAUGUAAGAGCUUUUGAAAGAAUUCAAACUAUUUUUGCUAUUGUCGGGCUUAAAGAUUGUCUCUCUAAGAAUUUCGCUUCAAAAGUUUUCAUAUAACGAAACAAAAAUGCUUUUAUAUCUAACAAACUUAUCGUCAUUUUGGAGCGUCAUAAUUUGCGCAACAUAACUCUGUACUCGCAGAGCAAAAUCUGCUUAAAAAAUUUAAACCGGGAUUGCAAAUUUGUAUUAUAUUUAAAAUUAUGUAUUUACAGUAUGUGCGUACAAAACUUCCCGCAAUAAUUUUCUCAUCUCGUAGUUUACAAAACUGCAAAUUUGCUCAAAAGCGAUAAUCAAAAUAUAUUUUAUGUACAUAUCACCAAGUUACCGUUUUUGUUUCUAAUCUCUGAUCUUUGUUAAAAGUUGUUAUGUGCCAGGACUGAUGUGUUGCAAGAUUUUAUUUUAUUUGCAUAUAAAUAAUAAUCGCAUUGGAUAUAAAACAAUCUUAUUUGUAGCAUGGGAAGACAAGAUUCUUUUCCUCAUUCACUUGUCUAAAUUAUUAUUGUUUGACAAUUAUUUCUUUAUGAUAAACUUUUGGAAGCAUUUGAAGAAUGUUUAGUAACAAUUAAGCACUUCUUUAAGACACUUUCAAUCUUUAACAUAGAACAUAAAAACACUUCUCUACAAGUCUAUAUAUAAUACUUUUUUCUACACGCUAGACUGCAAAGUUUCAGGUUACUUUCUCUGUUGCUUCCUAAAAAUUUGGCUCAUUGUGUAUUUUCUGUCUUUUGGGAGGUAAGAUCUCUAGGCAAGACAAGAUUAAGAACUAUAUUUUAAUUAUGUUAACCUCUCCAUUCUACUAUUACUACCCACAGUAUUGGUUACUUGAGGAUUAAACAACUCGAAUCAUGACCUCAAAAAUGUGUAAGAUCACAGUCUGUGUGCUGGGCAAUCGGAAGUCCUUUUUGGCUUUUGUAAUAUAUACUGUAAAUACGUCAUUUUAAAUAAGUCUGGUUGAAAACUGGAAAGUUAAUUGUUGCCCGGUGGUUCCAUACCCUAGAAUCUAUAGUUUGUUUGAUAAAUUUUUCUGUAGGUUGCAUGUGCGUCGGAAGAUGGAAGAACCCGCUGGCUAAAUAAAUUGUAUCAUAUUUGUUUUAUGUUAAAUAAUGUUUUUGUAUAUAUGGUAAUGUGUAUAUUACAUCUACUCCGUCUGGAAUUCUUAUUUUACGGGAAACUUUGAGUAGCCAACCAGUAGAUUCCUCUUUUUUCUGAAAGUGUAACAUCAUUAUGGUAUUUGUACUCAUGAUUUGGCAAUGCCAACAUUCCAUUUAGAGAAAUUAAAAAUUUCGUACAAUUU